AUGUCUACCGGAAUUCCAAAGACCCAAAAAGCUGUUAUCUUCUACGAGAACGGUGGUGAAUUGCAAUACAAAGACAUCCCAGUGCCAGUUCCAAAGCCAAACGAGCUUUUGAUCAACAUCAAGUACUCUGGUGUUUGCCACACAGACUUGCACGCCUGGAAGGGUGACUGGCCUUUGCCAGUUAAGCUACCAUUGGUCGGUGGUCACGAGGGUGCCGGUGUCGUUGUUGGUAUGGGUUCCGAGGUCAAGCACUGGAAGAUCGGUGACUUGGCUGGUGUCAAGUGGUUGAACGGCUCCUGUAUGAUGUGUGAGGAGUGUGAGUUGGCCAACGAGUCCAACUGUCCUAACGCCGACCUGUCUGGUUACACCCACGACGGUUCUUUCCAACAAUACGCUACCGCCGACGCCGUGCAAGCUGCCAGAAUCCCAGUCGGUACCGACUUGGCUGAGGUUGCCCCAAUUCUAUGUGCCGGUAUCACCGUGUACAAGGCUUUGAAGUCUGCUGACGUCAAGGCCGGCCAAUGGGUUGCCAUCUCCGGUGCUGCCGGUGGUCUAGGUUCCUUGGCCGUGCAAUACGCCAAGGCCAUGGGUGCCAGAGUCCUAGGUAUCGACGGUGGUGCCGAGAAGGAGGAGUUGUUCAAGAAGUUGGGUGGUGAGUACUUCAUCGACUUCACCAAGUCCAAGGACGUCAUCGCUGAAGUCAUCAAGGCCACCGACGGUGGUGCUCACGGUGUCAUCAACGUGUCUGCCUCCGAGGCCGCCAUCACUGCCUCCACCAGAUACGCCAGAGCCAACGGUACCGUUGUUCUAGUCGGUCUUCCAGCCAACGCUUACUGUAAGUCCGAGGUUUUCAACCAGGUCGUCAAGUCCAUCAAAAUCGUCGGUUCUUACGUCGGUAACAGAGCCGACACCAGAGAGGCUUUGGACUUCUUCUCCAGAGGCUUGGUCAAGGCCCCAAUCAAGGUUGUCGGUCUAUCCACCUUGCCAGAAGUGUUCGAAAAGAUGGAGAAGGGUCAAAUCGUCGGUAGAUACGUUGUCGACACUGAAAAAUAA